AUGUACAACCGCUUCUCGCCGGUGCGAGACGUCGUCGUCUUCCCGAUCGCCCGACUCGCUGCACUUCGCACCGGAUUUCGUCGUCGGCGACUGCAGGCCGGCACAGGGACACUUCGGGAUUCUUCCGUCCCUCGUUCGCUCCCUCUCGCGCGCUUCUACGUACCGUCCUGCUCGUCUGCCGCUGCCUUUGGCCUCGCUGUCGGUGUUCGGCCCUCGGUUCCGCUUUUAACGUUUCUUCCUCCUCGAACCGUUCGCCCUUUUCUUCUGGUGCUCGUCCCGACGCGGGAUUUUCACUUCGCGUCUCCCUUUUGCUUUCACCCAGGGUCACCUGCGGUACACCCUUCUCUCGACAAGACACCAACCAAACAGAUACUACACUUUGGUCCUAGCUUAAAGGCCGAAAAGUCAGAAGUCAUUGUAAAUGUACAGAAAUGUACUAACGCUUCUGGGCGGUGCAUUGCGUUUUCCCGCCUUUUGGUUCAGCGACCCGGAGUUUGUGGGCCGAGGAGUGGCAUUGGGAGGACGGCCGUUCUGUUUUGCAUUGAUCUUUUCCCAAACUUUACGCGCCACGCUGCUGCAGUCCCUCUGCCUCGACGCUCCGUUUUCGUUCCGUCCGUGUGGCUGUUUCUACAAAUAUUUCUUCAUCUUCAUCUUCAUCUUCCAUCGCCGCUUCUCUUUUCGGCUCGCGGAGGCAGACGCAUCAGACGGAGCUUCCAACAUUCCCAAAUCAGUGCCAGGGUCUGA